AUGACAAACGGCAAUAGCAGCACGAUUCCAAUGGAUACAUGUACGCCGCUGCAUCAUCAAUUUUGUUCAUCAACAUCGUCGACGCCACCACGUUCGGCAUCACCAAUUAAUAAUCAAGAAGAUACUUUUCGCCGAAUGAUUUUCGACAAAGUCGAAGACGGAAAACAUGAUGCUGAUCCACAAAAAUGUCGGCAAAUAUUAGAUGAUCUAAUGAAAAUGUUAAAACAUCUUACUGCAGAUGUUAAUAAUUAUAAUUUAGCUUUUCGAGAAACACGACCACCAUUCUACAUGCAGGAAUUUCAACGUUUAACUGAUCGUAUUGAUAUAUUAACUAAAGCUCGUGAUUCAUUAACAGAAUAUCUUCAUGAAGUUGAAGAUUCAAAUAAUGAAUGUGUAUUUGCAUAUUCAUCAUCAUCUAUGAAUGAUGUAACUGCAAUAACUGGUCAAUUACAAUAUUCACCAUCAGAAAAAUCUCCUAAAAAACAUAAACUAUCUAUAUCAUCAGUACAAACAAAUUUCAAAGACAUACAGAUAAAUGAUUGUUCACCAUCAAAUGAUACACAAAAAUUCUAUCACACUUAUCCAUCAACACCUCCCAUACAAGCACAAAUUUCAUCACAACAAAUAAAUUACAAUUAUCAACGAUCUCGAAGUCCAAGUAUGACACCAAAUAAUUUUAUUCGUGUUCAUUUUCCAAAUAAGCAUACAACAGCUCUUGCACCACGUAAUGAUGAAACACUUGAAGUAGCGCUUGAAUCACGAGCAUCACGACAUUCGGUGACUAAUUUAAGAGAGUUUACACCAGUCUACAUGAUAUCAAGGCAACCAUGUGCAUGGGACAUAACACUUGAUCGUGUACUUGAAACUGAAAUCGAACUUGAAGAAAAAACAAAAUUUAGUCACUCAUUUGAAAAUAUUCCACGAGCUCGCUUUAAUAUUUUCGGUGUUUGUUGUGUUGUCUGUCAACAUCAUAUUCGUGGAACUCAUAAACGUUGUGUUUCAUGUCGAAAUCACUAUCAUAACAAUUGUUAUAUGAAAGCACCUAUUUGUUCUCAUCCUAUUAUUGAACAUAUUAAACAUAAUGGUUCAAAUAGAUCUGACAUAGAACGAACAAUACAAAUAAAAACUAGAGAGCAACAAUCACGAAAUGCAUCUAGCACUCAAUUACCAAAAGCAAUUAUAAAUAUAAAUUCUGGAACUGGUUCACAAAAAGAUAUGAGUCAGGAUGCACAUGGUCUUUCAUCAGCACCAACAAUAUCAAAUGUUGGUUAUUUUUCUAAUGUUAUACAAUCAGCGACAAAUAUAUCAUCACCACUAUCAUCGAAUUCACUCUUUCAACAAUCAUCAUCAUUGUCGUCAUCAUCCGGAUCACCUAUGCAUCAUAUGCUUCAGUCAUUGCUGCUUGCCAAUGGACCGAUUAUCACUAAUACAGAAAUACUUCGACCCAGUAUGACUAAACCAUCCAGUGAUGGUAAUAUUGAUACUAAAAAACCACAUAAACAUAUCAGUGACUGGGAAAUUCGAGCUGAAGAUUUACUCAGUCGUGGACGUAUGGUUGGUCGAGGUACUUAUGGUAGCGUUUACAAAGCAGAAGUCCGAUUGCAUGGUUUAGUAGCACUUAAAGAACUAAAUUUUGUUUCACCAACACCCAGUCAAUUUCAAGCCUUUCGAAAUGAAGUCAUAGCAUUAAAAAAAAUUACGCAUCAAAACACGUUAAAUUUUUAUGGUUAUAUUCUCACUCCUCGUUUUGCAAUUGUGACACAAUGGUGUGAAGGUUCAACCCUUUAUAAGCAUAUACAUGUUCUUGAUCGACAUUGGAAGAUAAAUCAGCUAAUUGACAUAGCACGACAAAUAUGUCAGGGAAUGUCAUAUUUACAUGAUCGUGGAAUAAUUCAUCGUGACUUAAAAUCUAGUAAUGUCUUUUUGGAUAUGUGCAAUGAGCCAGAUGAUGCUGAAGUUUCUUUUCGCGUUAAAAUUGGUGAUUUUGGUUUAGCAGCCGUUAAAACUGUACUUGCUGAAAGCGUUAAUCAACAAUUUCAACCAACUGGCUCAGUUCUUUGGAUGGCACCGGAAGUCAUUCAACAAAAAGAUCCCAAUUGUUAUUCUACGAGCGCUGAUAUCUAUGCGUAUGGAUGUGUUCUAUUUGAAAUGUUUAGUGGGAAACUACCUCAUACACCAAUAAGCAAUAAAGAACAGAUUAUGUGGCUCGUGGGAAAAGGAAGAUUAAAAUUAAAAGUAGAACAAUGUCGUGAUGAUACACCAACAGAAAUAACUAAUCUUAUUCGACAAUGCACAGAAUUUGAUCACGAGAAACGACCUAAUUUUGCACCUGAGAUUGAUGAUACAUUAUCGAAAUUUGAAUGUACAUUUCCACGCUUGCAGCGCUCACAAUCCGAACCAUGUUUAAUACGUACGCAUCAAGAUGAUUUACUUGGUUUAUCAAUACAUUUUGGUGUACCGAAGACGCCAGUAUCUGUUCAUCGACGAUUUAAUGCUGAAGUAUCAUAA